AUGCUGAGACUUUCAGCGGUUUUCUUCAGAAAACAUGGUUUUCUUCCCUUUGUAUCUAGAAAAUCAUCGGUAAUCAGACCCGAAGAUACCUUAUGGCAUAUUUUUUGUACUACCUCUGAGGUAAGUUCUUGUCAAAGCUUUUCAGAAUUAUCCCCACAUUGCACUUCUAAAUGCUCAACAUUUGACAAUAGCGACACCAACAAUGGCUUAGCAAGCCAAUUUGGCCUCAUUCGCCUGCAAGAAAUUUCAAUAAACCACACAAACGAUCAAAUCCAUGAUGAGUUUGCUUCUGAUGUGGAAAAGGUUUAUAGAAUAUUACGAAAGUACCAUUCUAGGGUUCCCAAAUUGGAACUUGCUCUCAGGGAAUCUGGAGUUGUUGUGAGGCCUGGAUUAACUGCGCGUGUGUUGAAUCGAUGUGGUGAUGCCGGGAACUUGGCGUAUAGGUUCUAUUCCUGGGCCUCUAAGCAAUCCGGCCAUCGACAUGAUCAGGAUGCAUACAAGGCAAUGAUUAAGGUUUUGGGUAGGAUGCGGCAGUUUGGUGCUGUUUGGGCACUGAUUGAGGAAAUGAGGCAGGAGAAUCCUCAAUUGAUUACGCAGCAAGUGUUUGUUAUUUUGAUGAGAAGGUUUGCCUCUGCGAGGAUGGUUCAGAAGGCGGUUGAAGUGUUGGAUGAGAUGCCCAAGUACGGGUGUGAGCCGGAUGAAUAUGUUUUUGGGUGUUUGUUGGAUGCUUUAUGCAAAAAUGGCAGUGUUAAGGAGGCUGCUUCGCUGUUUGAGGACAUGAGGUAUCGCUGGAAACCGAGUGUGAAGCAUUUUACUUCAUUGUUGUAUGGUUGGUGUAAGGAAGGGAAGCUUAUGGAGGCCAAACAUGUGUUGGUUCAGAUGAAGGAUGCGGGCAUUGAGCCAGAUAUUGUGGUUUAUAACAACUUACUUGGUGGGUAUGCUCAGGCUGGGAAAAUGGGGGAUGCUUAUGAUCUUUUGAAAGAGAUGAGGAGGAAGGGUUGUGAACCGAAUGCGGCGUCCUACACAGUUUUGAUCCAGUCACUUUGUAAACAUGAAAGGUUGGAGGAGGCAACGCGGGUAUUUGUUGAGAUGCAGAGAAGUGGUUGUCAGGCGGAUGUUGUCACAUAUUCCACAUUGAUAAAUGGAUUUUGUAAGUGGGGAAAAAUCAAAAGGGGAUAUGAGCUUUUGGAUGAGAUGAUACAGCAAGGGCAUUCCCCAAAUCAGGUUAUUUAUCAGCAUAUAAUGUUGGCCCAUGAGAAGAAGGAGGAACUGGAAGAAUGUAAAGAACUGGUGAAUGAGAUGCAGAAGAUUGGCUGUGCUCCGGAUCUGAGCAUCUAUAAUACAGUCAUUAGGUUGGUUUGCAAGUUGGGGGAGGUCAAGGAAGGUGUUCGGCUUUGGAAUGAAAUGGAAUCCAGUGGGCCCAGUCCUGGCAUUGACACCUUUGUCACUAUGAUUAAUGGUUUUCUUGAGCAAGGCUACCUAGUUGAAGCUUGUGAGUAUUUUAAGGAGAUGGUUGGAAGAGGGCUUUUUACUGCUCCUCACUAUGGUACCCUGAAGGAGCUGAUGAAUUCUCUUCUAAGAGCUGAGAAGCUUGAAAUGGCCAAAGAUGCUUGGAGUUGUAUCACAGCUUCUAAAGGGUGUCAGCUAAAUGUUAGUGCAUGGACUAUCUGGAUUCAUGCACUCUUUUCAAAAGGACAUGUGAAGGAGGCUUGUUCAUUCUGUAUAGACAUGAUGGAUAACGAUUUAAUGCCUCAGCCAGAUACCUUUGCAAAGCUUAUGCGCGGUCUGAGGAAAUUAUAUAACAGACAGUUUGCAUCAGAGAUCACGGAGAAGGUAAGGAAAAUGGCGGCUGAUAGGCAGAUCACUUUUAAGAUGUAUAAACGGAGAGGAGAGAGGGACUUAAAAGAAAAGGCAAAGGAGAUGAAGGAAGGGAGGAAGAGGAGGGCUAGACAACGCCAAUGGGGUGGAGGCCGUCAGAAAUUGUAA